AUGGAUAAAGUAGUGCAGCUCUUUAGAAAUGUAAGAAAGGCAUUCCCUAAUCAAGAAGGCAGCAAAAGCCCCAGGUUAAGUAUUAGCACAGAAGCCCAAGGAUUCAAAAUUGCAAAAGACGGCACAAAAAUAGUUAACUUUCUACCUCUAAACAUCUACGACGUCCUGCCACCAGACCACCCCCGGAUAGGCGAGUACCACGAUGAAGGGUUCUUCAACAUCAAAGGUUACUCAGCACUUGAAGUCAGUUCAUUCCUCAAAGUGCAAGCAGAAAACUUCCCUCUCUCCGAUACCCUCCUCAGUACUCUCACAACCCCAAUUUCUGCCACAAAGUCCGACAAAGACCUCCUAAAUCUCCUGCAAGGAUGGAAAGAAAUCUUCGACGAGUGGUUCUUCGCGGGAAUUAUGGUAGGUCGAUACACCCUCAAACUCAGAUACAUGGAUCCCUCGAAUGCAGGCCAGUAUGAAAAUACCACCAGUGCCAUUAUCCUGAGUUCCUCUGCUGACCUCACGUUGACAGAUCCACACUCAACAAAUUCCAAAGAGGAAUUCCUAAUUCAGACACUUCUACAUGAGCAGGUGCACGCUUUCAUCGCGUUGUCUUGCUGUAGAAAAGAGUGUUGUAAGCAGAUUUAUGACAACCCUUCGCUUGGGGGACCAGGCGAGGAUGGUCACGGACCAGCUUGGGCGGAUUCUAUGAUUAUUUUGACGGAUACUUUGAGGAAGCAGGUAAGUUGGCAUGUCAAUUCGAUCUUCGGGGGGAACGUUGUGCAGAGCAUGGCUGUUGGAGCGUGGCAACCGACGGUUGAGCAGCUUAAGUAUUGGGGUAUUGGGGUCACUCGGGAGGAGGUGAUGUAUUGGAGUGAUAUUGAGAAAUGGGAUAAACAGCGAUUGUCGACCCUGCAGCACGAAAGAAAGACCUAG